AUGACAGAGAACCCAGUAACCCUAAACGACGACCAGACCGGAGCUGAUCCCGCGACGCCAGCGCCAUCGCCACGGCAGCCCGCCGCUACAACCCCUCCAACGCAGCCAUUAUUAGGGUCGCUGCCGUUAACCCCACCUCAGUCGCCAAGACUCGGGAGCGACUCGAAGGCAUCUCUCGAUACGGCAGCUUCCCGGCGCUCGACCCGGUCGCAUCAAGAAUAUUUGGACUCCUUGCAACCGCCGUCGGAGCUCGAGUUUGAGCGCCUGGCAAAGGUGCAACAGGAACGGGAGCAAGAGCAUAAGCGCCGCAACCGUCACCUGCUACAGCAGUCGCACACUAUAGCCCAGCAGUCUGCCGACGCUGAGCACGAAUUUGCUGAGGCAAAUCAACACCACAGCCUGCACAAUUUCCUUGCACAUGCGCGCAGGAGCAGCGAAGGACGAGCCAUGGCUGCCGCACAAGCCGAUGAGGAGACGGGCAACGUCCAGUCAAAGGCCGCUGCUCUGAUACAACGCAACUACCGUGGUUAUCGUGUGAGGCGCGAGAUGAAGGGCCUUGGUAUUGACGCCAAUACAAGAUGGACCCAUGUGAUUAGAGAUGCACAAUGGAAAAGCAUGAACACGCCCAGGUCUCGCGGCGACAGUCUCCUUAGCCCUGGUAACACGGCAGUCGAGGCAGACGCCGACGCCGAUUCCGCCAAACCUCGGUCCAGUCAAUCUGCCGCAAGGCAAAACUGGAAGAAGGCUGCAAUCAUAGCCAGAAGGGCUGGAGGCGACGAAGAUUCUGACCACUCUGAUGAUGACUCGGACUCGUCAGAUGUUGAAACCAACCCCAAUAUGACUGCCGAGCAGAGGAAUGCUUUGCGCCAAAGACGCGCUUCUCUCAAGGAAAAGAGGAGGAAACAUGCCAAAAUGAUGGGUCUGCAGUACUUUCUCGAAAUGGUCGACCUGAAACACAGAUACGGAUCCAAUCUACGGCAAUACCACGAAGAGUGGAAAAGAGCAGACACCCACGAAAACUACUUCUACUGGCUUGAUUAUGGCGCUGGCAAGAAUAUAGAGCUAGCGUCGUGCCCGAGAGAACGUCUAGAAAGGGAGAGAGUCAGAUACUUGAGUCGCGAAGAAAGGCAAGAUUACUUGGUCAAGGUGGACUCGGAAGGCCGCUUGUGUUGGGUAAAGAACGGGCUUCGUAUCGAUACGACUGAAGAGUGGAAAGACAGUAUCAACGGCAUCGUUCCUAUCGAUGAUGAUACACCGGCCUAUGUUGCUCAGGUCGAAUCACACUCGCAAAAUCAAGAUGGCGUGCCUAGACCACAGUACCACCCUCCAGAACAUGUCGACGACGAUGCAAUCUCUGAAGCGAAUUCGGACGCAUCCGAGUCGGAACUCGAGGCUGCACGGGCUGCCAAAUAUGCCACCCCUUCAUUGGACGACGCAAAGGGAUUUAAAAAAGUCAAGCAUGUCUCAGCGGCCACAAUAUUCAACAAACUGCUUCGAAAGUCCGUCAAGAAGAAUACAUGGAUUUUCGUGGCUGAUACCUCAUUUCGGCUAUAUGUAGGCAUCAAGUCUAGCGGCGCAUUUCAACACUCGUCCUUCCUGCAAGGCUCAAGGAUCUCUGCUGCAGGUCUUAUCAAAAUCAAGGAUGGGAGAUUGUCCAGCCUGUCUCCCUUGUCCGGCCAUUAUCGCCCUCCUGCCUCGAACUUUAGAGCAUUCGUUCAUUCACUCAAAGAUGAAGGCGUCGAUAUGAGCCAUGUCAGCAUCAGUAAAAGCUAUGCGGUACUAGUUGGCCUGGAGGCUUACAUCAAGACACGCAGAAAGGGCAAAGAAGCUUUGCAAAAGAUGACACACGGCAAAGAGAAAAUCCUGGACCCUGCAGCAGCCGUGAAACGGAAAGAAGCAGCAAAGGAUAAGAGUAAAAGUGCAGAAUUGGAAAGGCGACACUUGGAGAAGGAAUCAGAAGCCCGAGAAGAGAACCGGGCUGGUGCGAAGUUUAUGCAGAAACUGGGCCUCAGAUCGCGAGCAUCGUCCGUACAGCAGUCGAGUGGAAUUGCCAGCUAA